AGCUGGCGGAAGUAGCGAGAGAGAUAGAGAGCACCAUCUCGCUUCUCCAUCUCGUCUCUGGUGUCACUAUGGCGGAGACGGAGCAGCAGUCAGGGUCCUCCCCUGAGGAUGAUGCAUCUAAAGUCCCGGCCAGUUUCACCUUUAUGGUACCCAAGAAAGAAAUCAGCAUGGUUCCUGACAUGGGGAAGUGGAAACGGUCUCAGGCAUAUGCAGACUACAUUGGAUUCAUUCUGACACUGAAUGAAGGUGUGAAAGGGAAGAAGCUCACAUGUGAAUACAAAGUGUCUGAGACAGUGGAAAAGAUACUUGGUCUGUUGGGGACUCUGGACCGCUGGAUAAACGAAACGCCUCCUGUUGACCAGCCAUCCCGUUUUGGGAAUAAGGCCUACAGGACCUGGUAUGCCAAACUUGAUCAGGAGGCAGAGGCCUUGGUGUCAGCAGUGCUUCCAGCAGACCAGCAGGCAGCAGCGGCAGAGAUAGCCGUCUAUCUGAAAGAGGCUGUGGGCAACCCCACCAGGAUAGACUAUGGAACAGGUCAUGAAGCUGCUUUUGCUGCCUUCCUUUGCUGUCUCUGCAAGGUUGGAGCUCUUAGGGUAGAUGAUCAGCUGGCUAUCAUUUUUAAAAUUUUUAACAGGUAUCUAUCAGUUAUGCGGAAGCUGCAGAAGACGUACAGAAUGGAGCCAGCUGGAAGCCAGGGAGUUUGGGGACUGGACGACUUCCAGUUUCUCCCUUUUAUCUGGGGCAGCUCCCAGUUUAUAGAUCACCCCACACUGGAGCCUCGGCACUUUAUCGAUGAGAAGGUGGUGAAUGAACAUCACCAAGACUACAUGUUUUUGGAGUGCAUCAAGUUCAUUAACGAGAUGAAGACAGGUCCAUUUGCUGAGCACUCAAACCAGCUGUGGAACAUCAGCGCUGUCCCCACCUGGUCCAAAGUCAACCAGGGCUUGAUCAGAAUGUACAAGGCCGAGUGUUUGGAGAAGUUCCCUGUUAUCCAGCACUUCAAAUUUGGUAGCCUGCUGUCCAUUCAACCAGUGAAGCCUUGACAGUCAUGGGGGAUUGCCAUGUAUAUUGACGGAAAGACCAAAAUCCCAUCAAUUCAAGUGGACAGUUCCCUCCCCCCAUGCAACCCCCAUUCAAAUAAAACAGUAGCACAAGCCAACCACAUAUAGUUUUGUGCAUGCAAAUGCACCCCCACAUGUGCGUGCAUGUGGUUUUGAAGGCUGUUGGUCAUCCACAAUACAAUGCUGUGCAUGCAUCUACCUUCACCUCUUUAUUUAUAUACCAGAUAGAGUGCUGAUCGGAUUCCUUUUUGAGGGAUUGGUAAGCUUUUUAGAUGUGCGCUCAGUGAAGAAUAACGCUUGUGUUUACUGAAAUGAAUGGAUUUUAAGGUUUUAGUCCUCACCAGGCAGAAAUAUAAAUGUGACUUCUCUCAAUCAUUCAUGAUUAUUUGCAAAAUGGUUUUAGCAAGGGCAAAAUCUCUGGUUUGUUUUCCUCUUAAAGGGAUACUUCACUCAUAACGCAAAAAUUUAUGGACCCAGUUGCCUCCAUUGGGUCAGAGAUGGCUGGCAUUUUUGGAAUACAUGUUUACCAUAAAGGCUUAUGAGUAAACUUUUCUUUGACAAGGAUUCAAAGAAAAUGAGUACUUAAUACAAAAAUUAUCUAUUAUUGGUGAAGUAUCCCUUUAAACAUGCACUGUGCGAUUUUAUUUGACCACUAGAUGAUAUCGCGAGCAGCAACAAAUUUGUCUGUAAACUUUUCACAAAGUCGCUCUUCUCUCCCUCCCUUCCCUGUCUGGUUGAGAGGUUAAUUUCUUGUUUGCAAGGCAAGUUUUAAAUUCUGUCGCGCAUUUGUCAGUGUUUUAUUUGCCUGCAGUUUCGCAAGAUGCAAGUCACAUUAGUACUUUGCUCAGAAAUUACUGUUUGGGGUGUUGCUUCAUAUGUAUUUCUUGACAAUUCAUUGUCUUUCAAAGGGUAAAUGGAGAGGACUGUUUUUUUUUUUAAGCUUCUGCAAAAUGUUAAUGUAUGAAAGAGCAUUAGAGCCUCACAAAAAUUUAAAAUAGAAUAGAAAAAAAAUCAGGUUCAUAGAUGAAUCUCAGAACUCUGCGAAAAGGUCAGACUCCUACAAUUCAAGUCAGAAUUACAAGACUGAAGUCAGAUUUCUGACUUGAAUCUCUGAAUUUUGAGAUUCUUAUUUUUCAAAAUUCAGAGAUUAAAGCCAGGAGUCAGACUUUUUCUUAGAAUUCUCACUUUAAUCUGAGCAUUUUGAGAUUAAUCUCAGAAUACGAUUUUUAAUUUUUGUGUGUUCCUGAUCCUCUUCCAUACUCGUGCAAAACAGAAAGCAAGUCAUCACUGUUUCAUCAUUUUGUCUAUUGCAGUUUCUCAAGUGGAAACUCAUGAAAAGUUGCUCUAAACAAAAUCUCAAAGUGGCUGUAGGCUAUAGCAGACAGAAUCUUUAAAAAAUGUUUAGUUUAAAAAUGGUGGUUGUAAUUUAUUGUCAUCAACAUUAAACCUUAAGCAACACUGUUGACAAAGUUUGAUACUGGCACCAAAAACUUAGAGAGUAUGAAGUAUGAGCCCAUAUCCUGAUGAAAUCCCCCCGGUAGAGUCGGGUUUUCCUGCUCAGACUCUGCCGGUUGCCACCAACAAGGCAGGCAAGUCUGACAUCACCUCAUCUCACCUCUGGUCCAAAUGAGUGAAAUUAUUCUGUCACAGUUUUUACCGGUUCAGGAAAAGUCAACAUUACAGACUGGCAGAGCAUACUUCAUAUAGAAGUGUCUGUAGUCGUGUGUUGAGCUAUUUACUCCACCAAAAAAAAAAAAAAAAAAAAGAAAAAGAAAAAAACCCUCAGCAACUGGGAAAUUGUACUUUGUACUCUAGACUUUCUUCCAGUUUUAAAAUGUUUUGUAGUUAAAUUAUGCAUCCAGUUUGGUUCUCAUUGUUUGGAUUAUGGUAUUGUUUUUAAUAAAACAAAAGCUAUUCAGUGUGUGUUGGCAUAUUGUUUUCCAAAACAUAAUUUUAUCUCUAAUUUAUCUCUAAUCUACACAGCCUUGAUUUUGGAAUCCUUGUUUUGUCAUCGUGUGGAAUAGGGAUUGACCCACUUAUCGGUUCCUGACAAUCAUCAGGGCCAAUAUUCAGAAUUUUUCAAUAAUCUGUAUCAGAACUUUGAUUAGUAUGAUGGUUGUUACGAGGCGGAGGCAGAGCAAGAGCAAGUGACCGGGGCAACAAUUCCCAUGAUAUGGUUACUGUUUUCAUUUCCCUUUUCAAAAAUAAAGGCCAAAAAAAAAAAAAAAGGCAAAAAUAGUAAGUUGUAGCCUGCUGUCCUUACUUAUAUCUUAAGGACGGAAGACUUAAAAUUUUCAGUUUCAGGUUUACUGAAUUUAUUCACUUUCAAUGUAAUUUAUUAAUUAGUUUGAAUGCUUGUGAAAGGCAGCCUGAGGCUGCGUUCAGAUGCCUUUCACAAGCGUAUAAACAAGAAAUCUGACCCAACGUCACUGAUCUGACCCAUAAAUAGACCUAAUAACCUAUGGUUUUCUUGUCAUUUAAAAAAAUAAUAAUUUGUUAGGUAAUUGUUUUCCUGGUAAUUUUCUUGUAAUUUUUUGAUUAAAAACAUUUGUUGAAAACAAAACGAGGUUUGUCUGUCAGUUUUGACAUGGCAGUUUUCAAAUUUACUGCAAAUGAAUAUCAAUCAGUCCCUACUCUACAAGCGAUCAUUCCUUGUCCCUUCAUCCUCGUUAUUUCAUCUUUAUGUUUAAUGCACAUUUUAUUCCAAGGAGGCAAAGCUGUAGCUGUUAGACAGCUCUCCACUUCACUAACCAACCACACAGACAUAUGUGAGGUGUUCUUCAAGCUCUGAUGUGCCUGCAAGCGACUGGUCAACCCCAGCAAUGGCCAGAUGGCUUGUGAGGCUCAAACCAAAACAAACAAACAAACAAAAGUGUUGAAUAUUGCACAAGGACACUUCCUCCAGAUGAGGAAAGAUUUGAGAACAAACUUUGCCGAAAACAGUGGGCAAACACUGAUUCAAGUU